AUGGCUCCAGGUGCCGGAGGAAAGAGGAAGAGAGGCGACAGAUCGUGGUCUGGCGACUCCGGCAACGACGGGCUACGGCCAUCCCCCCACCGACCGGGCAAUCUCAACAUGGCGCAACACAAUCACGGCUCGCAUUCAAAUCACCCUCGCGACUUUCCCGAGACGCGCGGUAGGGUGCGAAGGCAGUCUAGCCGAGGCGGGAGGAACAGUAAUAAUCUCAGCCGACGACCUAGCAAUGACAUUCCCAACGCCAACACUGGACAGAAGGAUACGGCCAUGUCUCCGCCUGCCAGAGAUGUGCCUGAUGCGAGCCAGACAAACGGGUUCUCACCGACGGUAGCAGCAGCUAGUAUACCGCCCUCGCCGUCUCCUGCGCCGAGCUUACAACAAACGGCUUCACAAGCGCAGGCAUCCCCAAAGCCUCAGUCACAAUCACUGCCCUCGCCUGCGCCUCCCGUCAGGCCUCCACCGGGUCCACCGCCGCCUUACGAUUACGAAUAUGUCACAGAUGAUGUAGUUGAAGAUUGGACGUCAACAGGAAGACAGAAGGUCAUUACGGAUGGCGUGCAGGUGAGGGACAAGGAGGAUGCGUCGACAUUGGCUUCGAUCUACCAGGAAAUCAUUCGAUCUGCAUUCUACGGCCGGUUGUCGCCCACGGACGCCGGAUCGGUGAUCAAGGAGAUUAUUGGUGAAGAGGUUGCAGCUCAAGAUAUCGAUAUGGUUGACGACGGGCAACCACCAACAGUCCUCGACACACGCUCUUUGUUCCUGGACACCCUGUCUAUUCUUACUGAUGCCGACCCUACCAAUCCUGCCUUGAGACCGUUGGUUUUCUCCACAGGAAUCAAUGCGGCCCUUCUGCGCCUCCAACUCGAAACUCCCGUCCUUCAGACGCUGGGUCUUGUUCGUGAUACCUUCACUCGCAUCGGCAUUCGUAAACAAACCAAUCUUCUGUACCGACAGUCCAACUACAAUUUGCUUCGGGAGGAGUCGGAAGGCUACUCCAAGCUGUUGACCGAGCUAUUCACCACUAGCAACAACGAACCACCCACCAGCGAGGUCGUUGAAGAUACCUUCGAGAGGGUCAAGGCUAUGAUUGGAGCCUUUGAUAUGGACGUUGGCCGAGUUUUAGAUGUCACGCUCGAUGUCUUCGCCGCUGUGCUGGUGAAGCAAUAUCGCUUCUUUGUUAAGCUUCUCCGAGUUAGCUCCUGGUGGCCCAAGGACGAUAUUUCCCGCACUCUUGGUGGCGAUGACCGAGAUUCUGGCCUACCCAAUUGGGCACUACCAGGUUCCGCAGGGUGGGCCACAACGGACGAGGAGCGAGCUGAGAUCAUGCGAGCCAAUGAGCAGCGAGACCGCGAGUUUUGGAACAGAGUCAGAGAGACUGGUAUUCGAGCAUUUUUCGAAAUUGGACGGAAGCCGAUCUCCGAAGAUGAGAGAAAGCGAAUAUUUCCAGAAAGCACGAAUCUAUCAGAAGAAGAGAUGGAAACACGGAAAUGGAUCGAAGAGACAGGGACUCUACCCCCCAAAGGGAACAGGGUCGCAGCGCAGCUUCUUGGUUUCAAGCUCCGCUUCUACUCGUCGAAAGCGCGGGACAAGUCAGAUAUCCUCCCCGACAACCUCAUCUAUCUGGCAGCCCUUCUGAUCAAAGUCGGUUUCAUCUCGCUUCGCGACUUGUACCCUCAUCUCUGGAGACCUGACGAAUUGAUGGAUGAGUUGAAGGAGGAAAAAAUGAAGGAGAAAGCAGAAAGAGAAAGAGCCGCGCGGCCGGGUGGAGGUGUCAAUGCUUUGAUGAUGGCUGGUGCUCUGUCGGACGAUACGUUACCAAUUCCACGCAUUCGGGAAUCAGAACAGCGGUCAUCCACUCCGGCAAAGGACCAAGAAGCGGACAAAGCGACUCCACAGAAGACGGACGACGAUGAGCUGCCAGAGCCUUCGGAUCAGAAGGUUAUGCUGCUAAAGAGCCUUCUCGCCAUCGGUGCCCUCCCAGAGUCUCUUUUUAUCCUAAGCAAAUUCCCUUGGCUUAUGGAUGCCUAUCCCGAACUCCCCGAGUACAUUCACCGUAUCUUACAUCACAGUUUGAGCAAAGUGUAUAACUCAUUGCGUCCCUUACCGACGGUCGAGGAGCUCAGGGAACAACAGCAGAUACCCAGCCAAGAUCAGGGAGGUCUGGCAAAAGGACAGAUUCGGCUGACUUCGGCGCCUCCAAGACGAGUCCUUCGCUGGGCUCAGCUCGACAAGGACGACACGAAUGAUGGGACCGACUAUAGAUUCUAUUGGGACGAUUGGGCCGAUAAUAUCCCAGUCUGUCAAUCUGUUGACGAUGUUUUUGCUCUUUGUUCAUCGCUUCUGAAUAUCUCCGGGCACAAGAUUGGACUUGACCCCAGUCUGCUAGCUAAGCUGGCGAGGAUUGGCAAAUUCAGUCUCACUCAAGAUGACUCACCUGAGAACAAAGCGCGCUGGCAAGAUCUCUGCAAACGUCUCCUGGUGCCUGCGAUCAGUUUGACCAAGGCAAACCCCGGUGUUGUGAAUGAGGUUUUCGAUCUUCUUGGGUUCUUCCCCAGAGCAACAAGGUACAACAUCUACGCGGAAUGGUAUUCUGGACAAACAUCUCGACUGCCGGAUAUCAAGUCGGCCUUUGAUCAAGCGAGAGCAGAGACAAAGGACGUUCUCAAGAGGCUGAGCAAAACAAAUAUACGGCCGAUGGCUCGCGCAUUAGCGAAGAUUGCCUUUGCCAAUCCCGGUAUCGUGAUCAACGUCGCCAUCAGCCAGAUCGAGUCCUACGAGAAUCUGAUUGAAGUCGUGGUGGAGUGUGCGCGCUACUUCACAUACCUCGGAUAUGACAUACUCACCUGGGCCCUAAUCAACUCGCUUGGCCAAAAGGGGCGAAGCCGAGUGCAGGAAGGCGGGCUGUUGACCAGUCGAUGGCUAAACGCGUUGGCAACAUUCGCAGGCAGGACCUAUAAGCGCUACUCUAUUAUGGAUCCUACCCCUGUUCUUCAGUAUGUCGUUGAACAACUUCGGCAAAACAACUCCACAGAUCUUAUCAUUUUGGAGCAGAUGAUCAGCUCUAUGGCUGGUAUCAUCACGGAUACAAACUUCAACGACGCGCAGAUUCAAGCUAUGGCCGGUGGCGAGAUCCUCCAGUCACAGACCAUCCUACAGCUACUGGACAAACGGCACGAAUCGAAAACAACUUCGAAACGAUUGAUGAAGGCUCUGACGGUAUCCAGACUGGCCGGACAAUUGCUUGUUGCAAUCGCUCAGGAACGCUGGACGUGUAUCUACAAGGCAACUGAGGGAGAUUCCGAACUCAAGUUACUAGGCAACGUCUUCGACGAGAUUCAUCGCAUUCUAGCCCAGUAUCUGGAUCUUCUACGCAGCAACCUGUCCGUGGAUGAGUUUGAUUCUUUUGUGCCCGACUUGGCUUCUCUCAUCAAGGAAUUUGGUAUUCAGCCUGAGAUUGCGUUCUGGAUCCGCCGACCCAGCGUUUCCCGCAAGGCUGCAGAUGCUGAAAAGGUAAUGCAAGAGGAGGAAGCGGCAGCGGCUGCUACGAAGGCCCGCGAAAUCGAGGCAGCGCCCAUCAAAUCCGAGGAUGACAAGAUGGAAACAGCAGAUGAGGGUGAAAUGAACGGCACUGCGGAUGACUCCGCCGAGAACUCCAUGGAGGUUGACAAGGAGCAACCAGUUGCAACCACCGAGGGAGACAGCAACCUUACUUCAGGGCAACCAGGGCAACCGGCAUCCUCUAGUCCAACUCUGAACCCAGUGAUGCAGGAUCUCGAGGAACAGGUCAAGUCCGUCCUGACGCCCGAGACUUGGGGAGUGGUCGGCCUGCAUUUUUACGUCAUCUUCUGGCAAUUGUCCCUUUACGACGUACAUAUCCCCCAGAAGGCUUACGAAGAUGAAAUCGAACGUCAGAAGAAAAAGGUCAUGGCCAUCAACAGCGAUAGAUCGGACAUUAGCAUGGCUGGCACUCAGCGAAAGGAAAGAGAAAAGAAGCAGAUAACCCAACUUCAGGAACGCAUCUUGGAGGAAAACAAGGCUCAUCUGAAGGCUUACGGUCAGACAAGGGCAAGGCUGCAGAAGGAAAAGGACCGGUGGUUCGCCGGCAUGCGCGGGAAGCAUGAUUCCCUCAACGUCAGCCUACUGGAACAAUGCUUCCUCCCCCGUUUGCUGCUAUCGCCCAUCGACGCAUUCUACUGCUUUAAGAUGCUGAAGUUCCUACACACAUCCGGCACACCUAACUUUCGUACCGUUGGGCUGUUAGAUCAGUUGUUCCGCGAGCAGAGACUUACCGCCUUGAUUUUCCAAUGCACCUCACGCGAAGCGGAUAAUCUUGGCCGCUUCUUGAACGAGGUCAUUCGCGACCUCGGUCGCUGGCAUGCCGACAAGGCUGUGUAUGAGAAGGAAGCCUUUGGUACGAAGAAAGACCUGCCUGGUUUUGCCAUAAAUGUCGAUCCCGAAGGCAAACCUACCACGUUCUUGGAGUACGAGGACUUCCGUCGGCUGCUGUACAAGUGGCACAGGCUUCUGGCUUCCGCACUCAAGAUCUGUUUGAAUGGGGGCGAAUACAUGCAUAUUCGCAACGCGAUCAGUGUCCUCAAAGCAGUCGUGCAGCAUUUCCCCGCUGUCAACUGGAUUGGUCGUGACAUGCUCACUAGCGUCAACAAUCUUAGUCAAAACGAUGAGCGAGACGAUGUGAAAAUCCCUGCCGCGUCGCUGAUUGGCGAUCUGAAUCGUCGAGAGAAGAAAUGGAUGUUACCACAAGCCUUCAUGGUUUCAAACCAACCAGCGGGCAAGGGGCCUGCACCAGCAGCUGGCAAACCCGGGACUCCACGGCCUCGAUCUACCACACCAGCUUCCCUGAAUGCUGCAGCGCCCGAGUUCAAGCCCCCAACAUCCGCGGAGCCUGAAGGGGGUUCUAGACAGGAAGUGACUAAAAAGUCCGAGGUAGAGGAUGGGGAGAUCGAAGACGCUAAGAUGAUGGACGUAUCAGCGAAAGACACUGAGACAAGCGAUCAAGCUGCCCAGAAACCAGCAGAAAAGGCUGAAGCUGCCUCACGCCAAGGCGAAGAAACCACCGUCACACAGCCUCCUGAGAUCACUAGCAGUCAACCUACGAGCGAGAAACCCGUUGCUUCCACUGAAGCUCAUACAGAUGUUGAGCUUCCCUCGCAUCCACGAAUUUCUGACUCGCCUGCCGCAUCGCAAACGGCCACGAAGGCUUCGGAGUCUGGACGCCUUCCUAAUGUUCCCAGACGCCCGGAAUCAGAUCGAGCUCCUUUCAGCAGUCCCAAUAUGCGUCCCCAAUCACAGAUACCAAGUCGCCCAUUCCGUGGUGAUGACGGUCGGUUGCCGCCGCGCUCUGAUCUCAUGGAUGCUCGACGAGAUAGACAGUCAGACUUCCCUCGAGGUGGACGAUUCGGUGACCAUGAACAUAGCCGAUCGUUCGACCAGCCUGGGCCAGAAGGCAGAAGCUACGGUCGUCUUGAAAGAGACUUCCCAUCCAGAUCCCCUGCAGACGAACCCUUCCGGGGCCCUCCAUAUCGUGACGGACGUCUCCCACGUGAGGCGGAUUGGCCUGACCGGCCUGGACGCUUGCGCGGACCUCCAGAUUCCCGCGAAGCUCCUUCGUCACGGUCUGUACCACCUGGCCCACAAACCCACCCUGAUCGUGCAGACUUGAUUCAAGAUCACCCUGAGCGGGGUGGAGACGGAUAUCGGCGCGGGGACCAAAUGCGACAAGAAAAGGAUGACCGAAGAGCUGUGCCAACACGGGCUCUCUCACCCCCAAGGGCGGACCUCCCGAACCGUCCAGAACGAUUCCCACCUGAUGACCGCCGCUUCCCCUCUCACCCUCAAGGGCGUUCGCGGUAUGACGAUACACCGACGGGACCCCGUAAUGACCGGCAAUCACGGGCCCCUAUGGAUGCUCCAGAGCCCAGGGAGCCUGGUGUCGACAUGAGCCACGGCCGAUUACGUCAACCAGAGUCGACAUCAGACAUCCCGUCUGGUCCACGGGCAAGAAAUCCAUCCGGACGCGGCGGACGCACCGCCUCUGGCCUCUCGCAUGCUACACCGUCUUCUCCUGCCGGGGCCCAGGAUCGUCAACCCCCCACUGGACCAGGUCGCCAAGGAAUGCGAGCCGCGCCUGAACAGCCGAGUUCAACCGGCCCGUCAUCGCCAACAAUUGAGAAGCUCGAUGCCAGUGGAAUUCAUCCAGACCGUCUCAAGGCUUUGCAACAGCAAGCCAGUGAGGAUACUUUUGGCGGCAGUCCACGCGCUCAUCAAUCUCCAUCUCCCGCAUCAACUGCUCCGCCGUCCGGACCUCGUAGUGGCCUUGCGCCACCAUCGGGCCCAUCCUCAAACAAUCGCGGACCACCUUCAGGACCUGCUUUCGGUGGUGAACGUGGAAGGGGUGAUAAGCGGUUCGCGGGUAUCAACAACAUGCUCCAGCAAUCAGGCGGACCUGGAGACCGUGGAGGCCCUGGCCCACAAAUUCGUGGUCGCGGCGCGAACAGACAGUCAAGUAUGGGUGGUCCUUCGCCCCAGAACACUCGGCCAGGAACACCGGGAGCUUCCGAAGAGGGUAGCCGAUCGGGUUUAUCCAGUCAAGGCCGUCCUGAUCUUCUGACUGGCCGGCCUUUAGCUUCCUUUACGGAAGACGAUGGUCCUUCCAAGGGUCGCCUCGGCGGCGGACGGAAUGAGCCCGCGGAAGAAACGGGGUCUGAGUCAAGACGAUCUGGCAGGGCCUCACACGACCGAGAACGGGAACGAGAUCGGGAUCGGGAUAGAGAGCGUGAUCGCGAUCGUGAGCGUCGAGGUGGGCCGGACGAAGAAGGGGGACGUAGUAGCAGUCGCCGAGAGGAAAGAGAACGGGUCCGAGACUUUGAACGCGAACGUAGCCGGCGCGGUGAUACUGGAGGAACCGUCUCUCGAGAGGAAAGAUAUGAGUCUCGAGAGGCCUCGCGACGCGGAACCGGCUCGCGCGAAGAAAACCGUCGCCGAGACCGCCGAGAGAGGGAAGAGAAUCCCGAACUUGGACCGGGCAGCCAUGAGCGUGAAGGCCGCCUCCGACCUCCUUCUUCGUUGGGUGGAGGACCACCUCCUCCACCGCCACCACCACCUCCCCUUCCGGGUAACGCGGAGGAGGAUCGACGAUGGGGUGCAGGCGGCGGUGGCGGCAUCGGUGGCCGUGAGCUACGGGACAGGGAUCGAGACCGGAAUCGCGAGCGGGGACGGGAUCGGGACUACAAUCGCGACGGGGGAAGCGGGGCACCUCACCGAAAACGAGGCCGACCUGGAGGAGAUGAUGGACCUGGAGAAGGAGGAGGUGGUGGAGGCCGAGGAGGCAUGCGCAUGGGAGGGGAAAGCAAACGGCCCCGGCGAGGGCAAUGA